AUGUCUUAUAUUGAUACGCCUGCAAAUACCGCGAUCACAAAUGACUACGGCAUCGACGUGCGUCGCUACUCUGACUCCUCGACUGACUCUGAUAUACCUGAAAUGGUACGGUUUGAGGAGAACAAGGGUGCGAUUACAAACUACAUUGAGAUGUGGGAUUAUGUCGGUGGAGUUAUGUUCCGUGGAUUUGUUGUUGAAAGGGAAGAGGAGAGGAGCAUGUUUGUCUUCUUUGAUGAAGCUGUGAUUGGUGCAGACCUCAAGGCUGGGCUCAUGGCCCUACUCGAGCUCUGCGAAAUCGAUUACUUCUCGUGUAGCCGCCUCGUCCUUUGUAUCGACCGACACAGCGAUCAAGUAGCUCGCAAUAACCUGACAAAGGACCUGGGCUGGAUCGGAUUUGGGCUGACAACUCUUGACGAUUUCAGCCAGGGCGAAAAAUUGACUAGUGACAAGUGGUUGUUUAUGGACAUGGAAGUAUGA